AUGAUUCCACCUAAAUCCAGAAAAGUAGCAGUGUUAGGAUCUAGAUCAGUUGUCGAAAGCUAUUACCCAACUAUUGAGAAUACGUUCACUAAAACUAUAAAAUUUAGAGGUCAAGAGUAUAUUACAGAGAUUAUAGACACAGCAGGCCAAGAUGAGUAUAGUAUCCUUAAUUCUAAGCAUUUUAUUGGAAUGCAUGGAUAUAUUUUAGUAUAUUCAAUUGCAUCUAAAUCUUCUUUUCAAAUGAUUAAAAUAAUUCGUGACAAAAUACUUGAUCAUACUGGGACUGAAUGGGUACCAAUUGUGGUUGUUGGGAACAAAAACGAUCUUCAUAUCCAAAGACAGGUUACUCCAGAAGAUGGUAAAAGUCUUGCAUUACGCUGGGGAUGUUCGUGGACCGAAGCAUCUGCACGUCAUAAUGAAAACGUUGCCAAGAUAUUCGAACUUAUCAUAGUAGAAGUUGAAAAACUAACAAAUCCAAGCCAACCAGGUGAAAGUAGAGGAUGUACAAUUUCAUAG